AUGCGUGAGCGAAUGGACAAUACAGCCUUGUCAAUUAUUUUUUCAAUUGUCGCUAAAACCAAACUUCAAAAACUAUGUUUACAUGAUCUAGAUUUUACAAAUAAUCAAAUAGUGUGGCCUAUUCAAAGUACAUUAGAAUAUCUGACAAUCAGAGAUUGCUCUUAUCACCAAUAUCGUAUCAUUCUCUGUAAUUCGCCUCAUUUAAGAACACUUAUUAUUAGAAAUUGUAUUAUGGACAAUAAUGAUCAAAUGGUUUCUUCAUAUGCAGUUACAACAUCCAAUUCUACAAAAAGACAACGUACAUCCAUUGAUUCCACAGUGUAUGCGCAAUUGACUUCAUUGACUAUUGGUGACUGCAGACUAUCGAUCCAAGAACUUGAAUGUCUUCUUUCAUUGACACCGUCACUUGGCCAUCUGAAACUGAUUGCAUCUAGAUCGACACUUGAUACAAUAUUUGAUGGUUCUUAUUGGGAACAAUUCAUUCAAGAGAAACUACUUUUACUGAAUCAAUUUCAAUUUUUACUGACUUGUAUUGACAACAAAUUCGAUGACAUCACUACUUUCGAUUCACUUAUCUUACCAUUUCAAAGUCCGUUCUGGCUCAACAAUAAAAAUUGGUUUGUUACUUGUGGUUAUAUUUUACGAGAAUCAAAAAUUAUACUUUAUACAACACCACUCUUUGUCGGAGUUGAUGCCGCAACAAGAUCUGCUGUAUUUGAAGUAUCGUUAACAAACCCUGAAUAUCGCUUAAUUUUGCGCGAGAAUUACAAUAGAAUCUAUAAUAUUGAAGAAGAGACAUUUAUUAAAUUGAACCUUGAAGGAAAUCCUGGUAGCUCUUCUACAACUGUGAGUGCAGCAAUUCAAAUACGCAACGAUAAAACAAUUACUAAAAUUAAACUUUGUGGGAAGAGUAUCGAUGACACUGGGAUGAAAUUUUUGGCUGAUGCACUAAUCAACAAUGAAACAAUCACUGAGUUGGAUCUUUACUACAAUAAAAUUGGAGAUAUUGGAACAGAAUAUUUAGCUGAUGCAUUACAAAACAAUACAACAUUAGUGAUACUAAAACUUUCGUACAAUCAAAUAGGACAUAAUGGAGCAAAAUAUUUAAGUGAUCUAUUGCAAACAAACCAGAUGAUUACUAAGAUAGAUCUUUUGAAGAAUCAUAUUGGAGACAUUGGAGCUCAAUAUUUAGCUAAUGUUUUACAAAACAACCCAACAAUGACUGAAUUGGAUCUAUCGCGUAAUGCAAUAAGCGAUACUGGAGUACAAUAUUUAGCUCACAUGCUACGAAAAAAUACUGUAAUGGUGACUCUUGGUCUUUGGGGCAAUGCAAUUACAGAUAUUGGAGCACAGAAACUAUUCAAUUCAUUGAAAACCAAUAAAGUUCGUUUAUAA